UUGAUGAGUGAUCUCAGAUUUGUAUAGUCUAAAUUACUGUACCAGGUUUAUCUCCACCGCACAAAUUUUCCACUAAAAUAUCAUUACCCUUUCUUUUCGAACAUGAAAUGAUCGCCCCAGUCCCUGUGCAAGGAAAUCCAAGGAAUACUUUGAUCAAAUACAGUUAGUGCAGUUAAUGCAGGGCCUCUUUUCUUUCAUUCUACUGAGAGUAGGUAAAGUCAAAACCGAGAAAUUCUCCUCCUCAGCGCGCGGCAACGAUCGGUAGCUUUUGAAGCGGUGGAAAUAUCAACGACACAAUUGCCACUGCCAGACCCACCUGCGGCGGCCUCCCCCACCAAUCUCUCUACCGUAGAUAUAUGCGUGCGAAAGGGGUUUCCAAUCGGUGAAAGGAAGAGUCAGAGGGACGUCGAUGUAAUUUCGCAAACGUGACCACUCUAAUCUACAAAAAAAACAAUUUUCGAGUUCCAGAAGGCAACGAGGAGCUUCACCAUGUCGGCUCCAGGGGUGCGAUUGCAUGUUCAAGAUCGUUAUGUGGUGAUGGAUAAUGGCAUUGUUCAAGUCACAUUAUCAAACCCAGAUGGAAUUGUUACUGGAAUUCGAUAUAAUGGCGUCGACAAUUUGCUUGAAGUUCUUAAUAAGGAAUCUAACAGAGGGUAUUGGGACCUUGUCUGGAGUGCACCAGGAAGCAAGGGAAUAUUUGAUGUGAUUUCAGGAACAAGUUUUAGAGUUAUAGUGGAAAACGAGGAUCAGGUCGAGCUUUCAUUUACAAGAAUGUGGGAUCCCACACUGGAGGGCAAGUUUGUUCCCCUGAAUAUAGACAAAAGGUUUAUAAUGCUUCGUGGUUCCUCGGGGUUUUAUUCUUAUGCCAUUUAUGAGCACUUGAAGGAUUGGCCUGAUUUUGAAAUUGGUGAAACCAGGAUCACUUUCAAGCUCAGAAAAGACAAGUUUCGCCUCAUGGCCAUAGCAGAUGAUAGGCAAAGAUACAUGCCUCAGCCUGAUGACAGGUCAUCAGGAAGAUGCGAAAUCCUGGCCUACCCUGAAGCUGUCCUACUUGUCAAUCCCACAAUGCCACAACACAAAGGAGAGGUGGAUGACAAAUACCAGUACUCUUGUGACAACAAAGAUAUUAGGGUACAUGGGUGGAUAUCUAGUAGCCCACACGUUGGAUUCUGGCAAAUCACACCUAGCGACGAGUUCCGAUCCGGUGGGCCCCUCAAACAAAGCCUAACCUCACAUGUUGGCCCCACCACCCUUGCGAUGUUUCUUAGCGCUCACUAUGCUGGACAAGACCUGGUGCCAAAAUUCAGAGCUGGUGAGCCAUGGAAGAAGGUUUUUGGCCCAGUAUUUAUCUAUCUUAAUUCUGCACCUAUCGGAGAUGGUCCGUUUUGGCUAUGGGAGGAUGCUAAAAUACAGAUGAUGAACGAAGUCCAAAGCUGGCCUUAUAGUUUUCCAGCUUCUGAGGAUUUUCAAAAGGCUGAUCAACGCGGUAAUGUUAAUGGUAGACUACUUGUCUUAGAUAGGUAUACUAGCAGAGAUCAUAUACCAGCAAAUGGUGCUUAUGUAGGCUUGGCCCCACCAGGAGACAAUGGAUCAUGGCAAAGAGAAUGCAAGGACUAUCAGUUUUGGGUGAGAGCAGAUGAAGGAGGCUAUUUUUCCAUCACCAAUAUUCGUACUGGUGACUAUAACCUCUAUGCGUGGAUCCCUGGCUUUAUAGGAGAUUACCGAUGCGAUACUGCCAUUACCAUAACCUCAGGUUCUUAUAUUGAAAUGGGUGAUCUUGUAUAUGAACCUCCUAGAGAUGGACCCACAUUGUGGGAAAUAGGCAUCCCUGAUCGUUCUGCUGCAGAGUUCUUUGUUCCCGACCCCGAUCCAAAGUACAUUAAUAAACUUUAUGUCAAUCAUCCCGACAGGUUCAGGCAUUACGGAUUGUGGGGUAGGUAUGCGGACCUAUAUCCCGAUACAGAUUUAGUAUACACCAUCGGUGUUAGUGAUUAUAGUAAAGAUUGGUUCUUUGCUCAGGUUCCCAGGAAGAAAGAAGAUGGCACACAUGAAGGAACAACUUGGCAAAUCAAGUUCAAACUUAAUAAUGUGGAUCGGACAAAUACGUUCAAACUGCGAGUGGCAAUUGCAUCUGCAACUCUGGCUGAAUUGCAGGUGCGGAUUAACGAUCCGAAAGCAAAGCGACCUCUAUUUACCAGUGGAUUAAUAGGGAGGGACAAUUCAAUUGCUAGACAUGGAAUUCACGGGCUCUACUGGCUAUACAACGUUAAUAUACCAGGUGCUCAGAUUGUUGAAGGAGAUAAUACUAUCUAUUUGACACAACCAAGAAGCACCAGCCCCUUCCAGGGAAUUAUGUACGACUAUAUUCGUUUAGAAGGUCCGCCAUCUUCCUCUGUCAAAGAUGAACUUUGAGUUCAUCUUACUAGAAAAUACACUAGUAUCUACCACAUCUUCAAAUGCUGAUUUGUAUUAAAAUAAAAAAUUGCUUAUUGUAUAGUAGCAUUUCUUUCCCCUCUUGUCAAUUUGUAUCUCAUCAAAUAAAUCGACAGAUCGAGAAUGAUAUGUAUGAUGCUGCAUUUCCUCUUUAAAAAGAGUAGUCCCUUCAUCUUUCCCCCUUAA